ACACAGAAAGGAUGUGCUCCUUGUGCUGUCCCCGUGCCAGACCACAGACACUCCAGGUGCUGUGUGUGCAGAUCUGCAUGUUUUACUCCAGCAUUUGUCUGGUAAGCUGGCCACUGUGUGCAGAGACAGCCAAAGUCCGAUGUGGCUCUGACCUGCUCAGUGACCUCAUGUUUGUCUGUGGGGACCGUGGAAUCUAUUUACGUAAAGGCUUGUGGUCUGGUUAUGGCGCUCGGCCCAGAGGGAAGGGGAUAGUGGAUCUGUGUUGCCUGUCAUCAGGUUGUGAACUUCAUCACCUUGAGAUGUACUGUGCUAAACCAAAGAUCCAGCAGACCACAUAUUCUCCAUCCACAACACUACAUGCAACAACACAGCCAAAUUUGUUCCAAGAAGUAUCUCAGAAAAAACUUUUACAGUACCUGGGGCCUCCCAGCAGUCUGAAGAGGGAAGCAUACAGAAGGAAACGGCAGCCUUCGCUUCGGCACAAAGUCAAAGGAGGAGGAGUGACCAUGAAACAACAAGUCAGCCGACUACAGCCAAUAAGAGCGCACUUUAAAGAAUGAUGGGUUUACAGUCCAGAGUUUGAAGAUAAUAUUUAUAUUCCUCGAAUUCUCCAACAGUUUUGCCAACUCACAGAAGUCCUCUGGUAUAAAAGCAAUCAUACAGUGUAUGUGUUUGAGUGUGUGCAGCGACUCGAACCUCUUAUAUGUUCAUAGAUAAAAGGUCACCUCACAAACUUUAGAAAUGUAAUCAGAUUAACAGCAAACUUUCAAUAACAACACAAUAAACAGCAAUCCAUGUAUGGUUAAUGACAGUGUUUGGUUAACAUCCAGCCCCUUCAUGGAGAAUAUUUGGUUGUUUGUUACACUGAUACAUAAAAACAACUAUUUUUCUAGAUUUUGAUUAAAGCAAAAGUCAGUUCUAACCACAGACAGGCCACCAGUAAUUUGGUGAAUGAGUAAUGUUCAGGAAAAAAGUUACUCCUUUAUGUACUUAGCAUUAUAGGCCUUCAUUUUGUGCUCUAGAUAUCUUCACGUUAAUGUGAUCCGUGCAGCUAAUGGAAAUAACGUUUGUGGGGAGAGAAACAUGAAGCAAAUAACAGAAGUGAUCUACUCAUAAAUGCACAAAACUCUUAGAGAUUUUUUUUAUCUAUUUUGAGAUGUUACCUCAUCCUAGACCACCAUAAAUGCUUUUUCCUCUUUACUUACAGUAGACCUAAUUCCCCUACAUCUGCUCUAACUCAUGAAAAUAUCUUCAGCAGCCCGAUUCUUCACUAUUCUUCUGUCUGUGCUCAUCUGUUGGUGUGGUGUCUGUUAAGAAACAUGCCAGCCACUAUACCGUAGUUAAUAGUUCUCAUAAGCUUUUUUAUGCACUCAUAAUCGGAAUCCAAACACUUUGUUAUGUACCCCACCUUGUGUGGAGUCACUUGUAGUUCACACUUAUUUUGAUGGCACUUGACUGACUUGACUAGCUUUAAUAUUUGUUUGGGUAAAAGACAAAUUUUAUCCACUGUGUGUUUAUUGUUUGUGAACAUAUUUUGUGUAAAUGUCUUUAAAUGCAUUCAUUAUUUAUUUCACAAUGAGCACGUAACUAUAAUAAAUACUAAGCCUUAUU